AUGCUGAACGAGAAGGACAUUGACGACGCUGCGCAGCAGCUGGCUGAGUUCCGGCAGACAAACACGCUGUCGAGUAUUCUGGAGAGCUACACAGAACUCAUUGCCAGCUACAAGCGUCUCAAGAGCGACUACGAGGAGGAGAGAGAGGGUCGCGAGCGGUACAAACAGAUGGCACGUGGUCAGGAGCGCAACCCCUUCGUCCUCGUGCUGAUUGACGGAGAUGGCUACGUUUUCAGCGAGGACCAGGUAACUGCAGGGGCCGAAGGUGGCACGAGGGCUGCCCAGCAAUUGAACGACACCAUCAAGACCAGCCUGCGACGGAAGGGUCUGGAGAGUUGCGACAUCAUGGUGCGCGUCUACGCCAAUCUCGUCGGCCUGUCCAAGACCCUGUCCAAAGCCGGCCUCUGUGGACCCGAGAAGCGUUCGCUCGCGCCCUUCACUUCCAGCUUCACCCGCUCAUAUGGGCUCACCGACUUUGUCGAUGCCGGUGAGCUCAAGGAGAAUGCCGAUUUUAAGCUGCGGGCCAUGCUGCGCCUCUAUGCCGAGAACGCCCAGUGCAAGCACAUCUACUUCGCCGCCUGUCACGAUGUGGGGUACGUCUCCGAGCUCACGCCUUACAGAGGCUGCCGUGACAGGUUCACUCUCGUCCGCACCCCUGGCCUACUGUUCCACGAGGAGUUUGCCAAACUGAGCCUGGAUAUCGAGGAGCUACCCGGUGUCUUCCGUGCCGCUAAAUUCGACGGACCACCAGCGUACCCGAGACCUAUUUCCACACAUCAGACGGUACCAGCAGCACAAAGUGAGAGUCAAAAAGUCUGCUCAUUUUUUGCCAUCGGCAAAUGCAGAUACGGCAAGACCUGCAAGAACUUGCAUGCCGGCACCAAGACCAUGACCCCCAGAUCCACUAUGGAAUCCCCAUUCUCCUCCCACCACUUGUCUCGAACUACGAGAAGCGACGAUGAGUCUACGAACGGAUUUGGGCGCCUGAGUUUUAACCCUCCGACGCAUUACGGUACUAAGAACGGCAUGACCGAUACAAGUCUAUUGAAGAUCGACCCUGCCUCGCAAUUGCCCAAGAAAGAAAACAUACCAACCAGCUAUGUGGCCAUCAACGAGAGCCAGCAACGCCUGGACCCCUACAUACCGCCCCCAAGCCCAACGGCCUCAAGUCUACUCAAAGAUCGAUCAGUAGGCCGGAAAAUCUGCAACAAUAAACAGCUCACUGAUAGCUGCCCCAACGAAAAAUGCGAAUAUGACCACGACCCCCUUCCAGAGGAGCUCAAACCCGCUCUUGAAUGGCUGGCGCGCUCGCUGCCUUGCCCGAGGCGUGAGAAAUGCAGAAAUGCGUCAUGCGUACAAGGUCACAUCUGUCAGAACCCUGACUGCAAGCAUCGCGGUGGCAGGGCUUUCUGCAGAUUAUUCUAUACCAUGCACCAAACAGAUCUCACCUUUGACCGCUGCGUCCCUGGAAUGACCCAUCGGCCGACCUCACUCCACCAACCUUCUGAAGUCCACCAGUCUUCUGAAUUCCACCAGCCUUUUGCGCCGCCUUCCGAAUUCCACCAGCCUUUUGCGGCUUCUGAAUCGAUGAGCGGCGAAGAGGAGGAGAUUCUAACAUUUGGGGUCAACGUGUAA